AUGGAGAAGGUGAACAUCGAGCCAUGUGUGAAGAUGGACACCCAAACCCUUGAUCUUCUCAAGAUAAGAGAUGAUGUCACAUGGUACAUAAGGAAGCUAGGCUUGAGCAAGCUCUUCAAGCUAGAAUGUAGUGAGUACUCACAACUCACCAAGGAGUUCCUCUCCACAGUAGCUCUUGCCUUUCCCAACCACAAUGGAGACCAACCAGCUGCACAUGACUUCAAGGAGAACUCAAAGAGGAAACAAGCUGCCUUUGCUGAUUGGACACACUUUGCCAAUGAACCAUUCUUGCCUUCAAGGUCAAAGGUGUCUAGAAUCACUCAUCCAGCCAUUCGCUAUGUGCACCGCCUCAUCUCCACCACUUUCCAAUGCAAACAAGAAGCCAACAAGGUCACAACUGAUGAGUUCUACAUCCUCACCACACCAUUCAUCAAGCAUGAGUACAAGGCCAACCUUGGACUUUUACUUGCCAAGACAUUCAUCAAUGUGAGGAAGCUAGCUAAAGACUUGGAAGGCAACAAGAAGCUUUGUGUUCGUUUUGGGAGGCUUAUCACGGCCAUAGUACAACAUGUGGGGAUUGACAUUCCCAACUAUGAGCCACUACCCAAGCCAACCCCUUUGGAUCUCCAUGCUCUUCAGCACAUCCACUUCCUAAACCGUUGGACUAAAGACCCAACUCGGUUUUGCUAUGAGUUUCCAAUUGGUCCAGCCAACACUUCCCUUGUCUUGCUGCCACAUGAAGACAUCCCAAGCCUACGCUCAGGAGUUGUCACUUUCCAGCCCAAUGAGGAAGACUUCUAUUCAAGACUCAACGCCGCCAUCCAAGAACGCCAUGUUCUCACUACUGGCAUGGCUGCGCACCAAGCUCUAGACCGUGUUAACAAGCUGGAGAAGAUAGUGGAAUGCCAAUCUCGCUUCAUCUCACGCCUAGUCCGUGUAGUUCGCCACAUUGCACCGGAGAGACUCUUUCGCCCUUCUUCCACCGCUAGAGAGCCAUAUGAGCCUGACCUUGGUGAGUUCUCACUAGACUCAGAGCUUGGUUCAGAAGGCGAUGACCCCAUAGAUGAGGAAGAGAGUUCUUCUCACUGCCACACAUAG